AUGCGGACUCUCAACGCCCGUCGGCCGGACAGUCAGUCGUCAACAGAAUCGCAGACUCGGGACAAGAGAGUAGAUGACUUCCUCGCCGACGAUGGAUCCGUUGCUGUGCUUGUCCAUGAGUAUCUGUCCAAGAUUCACGGUCGACCACAUAGCAUUUUUCACGACGCGACCCUGUGGAAGGACAUUCGUGACCGGCAAGCCAGCAGAGCUUUGAUUCUCGCGAUCUGUGCAAUGGGGGCACAUGUUUCGAAUCAGCCAAGUCUCCAGUCCCUUGCGCCUCUGCUCACGGCGGAGUCCAAACGCUUACUCCAGAUCAAUCUGGAGCAUGUGUGCCUAGACAAUAUCCAAACUUGCAUUCUAGUCGCAAAUCUAUGCGUGGCGCAUGCAAACCCAUCAUCAGAAUUCCUAUUCUUCCGAACGGCAAGUGCAAUGAUGCAAUUGCUGGAAUCACGUAUGACGCAAAGCAAUGAUAACCCAGUCUCUCAUGAGCUCCGAAUCCGAAUCUGGUGGGCGCUUUUUGCUGCAGACAACUGGUGCUCUUCGAGCCUGGGCUUUCCCCGCCAAAUGAGGGAUUGGCCUCGACCGGCUCGGUUACCCAUGGAUGAGCGCCUGUUUGCCGGCAUGACUCCGGAUGAGCCAUUGAAUGACCCCACCGCUCCAAGUAGGAGCCCUGGUCUAUGGGCCCACAUGGCCACGCUCAUUGAAGUGUUCAGCCCAAUCCAGGAGCUCAACUGGCGCGCCGCUAACAGCGAGGGGCUGCAUCCAGACCAAAUCGAACAAGACACAGAUCGUCUUGCGCAGCAGUUAGAUGACUGGCAAAGUAGACUGCCAAGCGAUGUCCAGUUGUCCGAGUCAAACCUCAUCGAACACAACAAACGGGGCACAGGGGGCACCUUCAUCGGCCUCCAUCUUGGCUUCCACCAUUACGCCACAUUACUUUUCUACCAGUACCUUGAUACACGCUCCACGCUGACUAUGCGUGCUCGGCAGUUUGCAGCUCGAUGUAAACACCAUGCUCUCAGUUAUAGCACCUGGCUCGACCGCGGAAGAAAACAGCCCGGCUGCGAGGCCGUGUAUCCAACCGUUGGCCACAUGGCCAUCGUCUCUUCAUCUGUUCUUCUUCACACUCUCCUUUUCGGAGAUGAGAACGAGCUUCCGCAGUCACGCCUCUUCCUCGAAGCGAAUUUUGAGGCCUUGCUCGAGUUGGGAGAGUACUGGCCCGUUGUCAAAACCAUGAUAAACCGUUUGAUGGAAUUUCAGAAUAACUGCCUGCUCCUCUCCCACCACCAUCACCCCCAUCGCCUCGACCGUUGGAUGGUACGGUUUCUCUUCGAGUACGCGUUGCCACUCGAGGAGAAGGCCAUCGAUCUCCACACGGCCGUGGAGAUGGAGAUUAUCUCCACACAGGCACAUAUGUUCACUGAGAAGGGUCGACUGCCCGCAUUUGGGAUCGGCUAA